AGUAGGAUUUACUAGGACAAACGCUCAGCAAAAACGUUCAACUCGCGGCGUGUUCAGUGUAGCGUUCAAAAAUGAAUUUAUACGUGCUAUUUGUGUCCGCUUUAUUCGCGUUUAAUUCGAUAGAUUGUUUGAAUAUCUUGGCUGUUAUGCCGCACAUGGGCAAGAGCCAUCAAUUGGUGUUCGAGCCGUUGUUUAAAAAAUUGGUUGAAAACGGACAUUCGUUGACUUUGAUAACGAGAUACCCGCAGAAGAAGCCGGUGCCUAAUUGGACGGAUAUUAAUAUAUCGAACGUGGAAUACAAUUCGACUGAAAUUGUUACCUUUGAUAGCCUAACAGGGACGAGACUGGAUAGGUAUCUUUGCAGCAAAUUAUUGGCAUCGUUCGCUUAUAUAACUUGCGAAGAAGGUCUUUCACAUCCGAAUUAUUUGAAUUUCCUCAAAACAGACCAGCAUUUCGACUUGGUUUUGAUCGAAACAUUCAACACUAAUUGCUUCAUGGGAGUAGCGAAAAAAUUCAAAGUCCCUAUAAUAGGAAUACACUCUGGAGAGUGGAUGCCCUGGUUGCACGGCAUGUUCAGCAGAACAAACAAUCCCUCUUAUGUCUCCGAUCAUUUUUUGGGCCACUCGGACAGCAUGAGUUUCCUCGAACGAGUGGAAAAUACGAUUUUCUUCUUCAUCAACCAGUUCGUCUACGACAUGUUCUUAGCUAGGCAAGGAAAGCAACUCUCCAAAGACAUAACCGGCGUAGAUUUAGAAGAAGAUAUGAUGAAAAAUAUAAGUUUAUUAUUGAUUAACACUCAUUUUACUCUUAAUUCAAAGUUGCCUCUUAGUCCUAAUAGUAUAGAAAUCGGUGGUAUACACGUCAUUAAUCAGCCCAUCAAUCCUCUACCGAAGGAUUUGAAAAAAUUCAUUGAAGAAGCGAAGCAUGGUGUCAUCUACAUGAGUUUAGGCUCGACCAUACGAGGAGAUUCCCUGCCAGAAGAGAAGAAACGAGCGUUCCUGAACGCCUUUUCCAGAUUAAAACAACGCGUUGUGUGGAAAUGGGAGGGCGAAAUGACCGGCAAAACUCCCAACGUUUUGAUCUACAGAUGGACACCUCAAAGGGAUGUUUUAUGUCAUCCCAAUGUGAAGGCGUACAUAGGUCACAGCGGUAUACUAGGAGUGAUGGAAGCAGUGGAUUGUAGCAAACCUAUUUUACUGCUUCCCCUGUUUGGGGAUCAGUUUACCAAUGCUAUAAACAUCCAGAGGAACGGGGGCGGCAUAAUGCUGCAUUGGAAUAGCACAAACGAGGAUGCUAUAUACGAUACGCUACAAAAAUUACUAUCCCCAAAGUUCGAAAAAAGCGCGAAAGAUCUAUCAAGUAGAUUUAAAGACAGACCGUUAGCUCCAAUGGAGACCGCCUUGUAUUGGAUACACUACGUUUCGAGACACAAAGGCGCACCCUUCAUGAAAACAGCGGCCGUGGAUAUGCCGUUUUAUCAGCACUAUUUAUUAGAUGUUAUAGGUUUCCUACUUGUUAUUUUUUUGACUAGUUUUUACGUUAUUUACAAAUCUACCAAAUGUACUCUUAAGUUGUUGUGUAAAAGACCGCACCAAAAAAUAAAGAAAUCUUAAAUUUGUUAUCGACUCCA